CUCACUCUCAUUCUUCCCAAUAUCGAAGUAUAUAUUUGCUGGAAUCUGGGUCAAUGGGAUGUGAGCAGAAUGAUGGCAGUCAUGGUCUCGCAUGAUCUGCUCAGAAACCACAGUAUGUCCGGUAAUUAUCAAGCAGCGGGAGCCAAGAGAGUCUUGGAUCAUAUAAGCCUCUCCAUUAACCUUAUUAUCUUGGCGAUAUUGAAGCUUUGAAGGGAAACCUUGAUCGGGCUUAGCGAGCCUAAUCCAGGGGUUAGUCCAAAGAUGGCUUAGUGUAAGGCAGCAGUCACGUUAUCCACACAGGCUCCUAUCUCCGUCUUAUCUCCAUCGGGGGUCCAUCUCGGAUACGUCAUCCACCCAGACGACGGCAGUGGAAACGCAUCAUCAAUAACUUGGAGGAUCUUACGCCCUGGCCGACAAAAUGUUCCGACGACCUCGACUUCCUCCUUUCCUCCGACCUCGACUCACAUGGCGCUACUUACUUUCGUUCAUCGUCGUUCUCUACAUCACCUAUUGCCUCCUUACCGGGCAGCCGUUCCUCUCCUCCGACAUGCCCCCUUACUCAGGGCCCUACGCGGUGGGUACCGUGGAUCUUGAAGUCCCCCGACCGUCACGCCGCGCCGGCGAAGAGUACUUCCGAGAUGGCUCGCCGGCAUUCGAGAUCGAAACCGUCCUGUUCUCCCUCUUCUAUCCCGCGUCCGAAGGCGUCGACAGUACAAAACCUCGCCACCCGUGGAUCCCAAAGCCGGUCUCCCUGACGGCGGAAGGGUAUCUCUCGUUCGCGAACCUGAACAACUUCUUCCUCAACCCAAUCGCUACACUCGCUAUUUGGGGCCUCGUGGGUGGGAGAGAAAUACCGGCUGAGGUGGAUGUUCCACUUGCGUCGAGCGUGAAGGACUUGGAUCGCGAGGGCACACUCGACUUGGCGGUGGAGCCCGAAUCGAAAUUUCCGGUAUUUAUCUUCUCGCACGGAUUCGCGUCCUCGAGGACCGAUUAUACAAAUUACCUGGGGGAACUCGCGUCCCGUGGGUACGUCGUUGCAGCGGUGGAGCAUCGAGAUGGGAGCUGCCCAGGGACAAUGAUUAUGAGGACGGACGACGGAACCGAGAGGCCCCUCUACUCCUUCGGACCGAGCGAUCUCGAAGGAAUGGAGGACCUGGAUCGCGCGGAGUUCAAGCAGUUACAGCUUGAGAUGCGGCAGUUAGAGAUGGAGGAGACAUAUCAAGUACUGAUGCAAAUAAACGAGGGCAAGGGGAACGAGAUUCUUAGUGCAAAUAGUCGAAAAGAAGGCGAAGAUUUAGAAGACUGGAAAGGCCGACUUGAUCUGGAUCAGUUAACGGUGGGAGGCCAUUCGUUUGGUGCGACGCUUGCUCUGCGCACUUUGAAGGGCGCUCCGUCCGAUCUGUUUCCUGCGAAAGGGGCCAUCGUGCUGGAUCCUGGAAAGUCCAGUGGGCCGUUGAACCACGACGUUGAUGUACCGACAUUGGUUGUACAUUCCGACUCUUGGUCCCGAAAAGUGACCAUCUUCACCGGACGACCCCACUUUGACGUCGUCAAGGCAUUGGUUGAGGGUAUCAUCCAGCGAGGCAAAGAUGCCUGGUUCAUGACUUCUGUCGGCACAUCGCAUCCAUCAGUGACGGAUGCCCCUCUGAUUGAGCCACUGUUGCUGAGCUGGACGACAGGAGCCACGAUCGACGUCAAGGAAGGGGUUCAGCAGUAUGUCCAGACCUCCUUAGAAUUCCUAAAGUAUUUGCAGGAUUCAGAUAAGCGGGGAAUUCUGCAAGAACGGGUGAGUCAUCCUGAAUACGACCAGGACAUCCGGGAUGAAGAGAGGAGGAAAGAGCAACACCCUGAUGUCGAAAGAUACUGGCAGAUUCACGUGUCGCCGGUGCAAUGAUAGGCAUGCGAAGGACAUAUUCCUGUUCCACCGUUUGUCCUCUUGUGUUAUGACUAACGUCUGAUUAUUGCUUUAUUUUUAUGCUCAAUGUCGCCCCCUAUAGACAAAUUCAAGACCCAUUUUUCGUAAGAGAGGCGUACAUUCUUACUCCUAAGUUAUUUCUUCCAGUUCGUCCUUGUGCAAAAAAUUGGUUUGGUGAGCCUCGGUACGAA